AUGUCCUCCACGAGACUGAGCACAACCCUCGGCAGGGUGGCCGCCAGCGCAUGCCGACAAGCCCGUCAGCUCCCACGACAGACCCGAAGCAUCCACAGCUCGACGACUCGCACAAGACCUGCGCCGCUCUCUCCCAGACAGAUCCAGUGGACCUCGGCGCGUAGCUUUUCCAUCUCGGCUGUCAAGCCGCACGGCCACAUUACCCCUCCCAAGCCCGGCGAAGAGUUGUGGGUGACUUUUGUCGAUAAGGACGGUGACGAACACAAGAUUGCAGUCAGCGAAGGGGACAACCUGCUCGAUGUCGCGCAAGACAACGACCUGGAAAUGGAGGGUGCCUGCGGAGGCUCUUGUGCCUGUUCAACGUGCCACAUCAUCGUCGCCGAUGAGGAAUACUACGACAAGAUGCCCGAGCCCGAAGACGACGAGAACGACAUGCUCGACUUGGCCUUCGGCUUGACCGAGACAAGCCGGCUCGGUUGCCAGGUCACGAUGAAGAAGGAGCUGGACGGCCUCAGGGUUAAGCUGCCCUCGAUGACGCGGAACCUGCAGGCCAGCGACUUCAGUUAA